UUGUCAUGAAAGCAUCAUUCGAUUCGCUCAAAAGCAGCAGCAGGACGAUCAAAAACUAGUUUUCUGAUAAUUUUUGUAAAAAUUUCAAUUAAUAAUUAUUUAAUAUUGCAAUCAAAGUGUUUUAUAAACAAUCAAGUGUAAUAAUUUUUCAAAAAUGAACAUAUCGACUGAUUUCGGGCCGGAUUCCGGUGGACGUGUCAAGGGUCUGACGAUCGUAAAGCCUCUGGUGUACGGAAAUGUGGCGCGUUCCUUUGGCAAAAAGCGGGAAGAAGACGGCCAUACCCACCAGUGGACGGUAUACGUGAAGCCCUACCACAACGAGGACAUGUCCACCUACGUGAAGAAGAUCCACUUCAAGCUGCACGAAAGCUACGCCAAUCCAAACCGGGUCGUCACGAAACCGCCCUUCGAGGUGACCGAAACCGGCUGGGGAGAGUUUGAAAUCGUGAUCAAAAUCCACUUCCACGAUCCGACGGAACGACCGGUCACAAUGUAUCACAUUCUGAAGCUGUUCCAGUCGCCGAUAGUGGAUGGGGAGGUGGCCAAUCAGCUCGAGGGCAAGAAGGUGCUGGUUUCGGAACAGUACGAGGAAAUCGUUUUCCAGGAACCGACCCAGCUGAUGCAGCAACUGUUGACGAAUGUGCAGCCGGUGACUGGAGGUUCUUGGAAGCACGAUACCGACUUUGAAGAGAAGAAAGUUCAAUCCUUGGAAAAUAUAAUCGAUACCAAAGGGAAGGUAAAGUCGGAGAUUGCACUGUUGAAAGACAAACUGAAACUCGCUCGGGAAACCAUAACCAAGUUCAAAGCGGAAAUUGCUAAAGUACAAGGUCAACAGCCGGCCAGCUGAACCAGAUAUGUGAGUACCUUCCUAAUUUAAACUAUUAUAUUGAUUAAAUAAUAAGAUACUUAUA